UUCGUUUCGCUGGGUGCGGUCCCGAACGAAAGGGCCGGACUUGUUCUGGUGACCCCCGGUCCCUCAUCCCGGAGGGUUGCCCUGUGCGCGCACCCCAACCCGUGCCGGCUCCGAGCCCUGUGCAGGCAGCAGAGCGGGCAGGRGAGCAGCAGACGGGUCCCACCCAUCGGAGCCCCUGACCCACCAUGACGUUCAAGCAAGCGUCCAUGAUGGCCCCAGAGGCCACGGCCAGCACGCUGCCCAUGGGCACCAUGGAGAACUCCACCGAGGCCGCGGGGCCGGGCGAGAGCAAGGAGGACAUGUUCACCAAGCUGAGGGACAAGUUCAUGAAUGAGCUCAACAAAAUCCCCCUGCCACCCUGGGCCCUGAUUGCCAUCGCYGUGGUGGCCGGACUCCUCAUCCUCACCUGCUGCUUCUGCAUCUGCAAGAAGUGCUGCUGCAAGAAGAAGAAGAACAAGAAGGAGAAGGGCAAAGGCAUGAAGAACGCCAUGAACAUGAAGGACAUGAAGUCAGGCAACCAGGACCAACAGGAUGAUGAUGACGCAGAGACGGGUCUGACAGAGGGGGAGGGUGAGGAAGAGGAAAAGGAGCCAGAGAACCUGGGCAAGCUGCAGUUCUCGCUGGACUACGAUUUCCAGGCGAACCAGCUCACAGUGGGGAUCCUCCAAGCAGCCGAGCUGCCAGCUUUGGACAUGGGUGGCACCUCAGACCCCUAUGUCAAGGUGUUCCUGCUCCCUGACAAGAAGAAGAAGUACGAGACCAAAGUACAGAAGAAGACGCUCAACCCUGCCUUCAAUGAGACCUUCACCUUCAAGGUCCCCUACCAGGAGCUGGGUGGGAAGACGCUGGUGAUGGCCAUCUACGACUUUGAUCGCUUCUCCAAGCACGACAUCAUUGGUGAGGUGAAGGUGCCCAUGAACACAGUGGACCUGGGCCAGCCCAUUGAGGAGUGGCGGGACCUGCAGAGCGGCGAGAAGGAGGAGCCAGAGAAGCUGGGAGACAUCUGCAUCUCGCUGCGGUACGUGCCCACGGCUGGCAAGCUCACUGUCUGCAUCCUGGAGGCCAAGAACCUGAAGAAGAUGGAUGUCGGGGGUCUCUCAGAUCCCUAUGUGAAGAUCCACCUGCUGCAGAAUGGCAAGAGGUUGAAGAAGAAGAAGACCACAGUAAAGAAGAAGACCCUGAACCCCUACUUCAAUGAGUCCUUCAGCUUUGAGAUCCCCUUCGAGCAGAUACAGAAAGUGCAAGUGGUCAUCACAGUGCUGGACUACGACAAGCUGGGCAAGAACGAAGCCAUCGGCAAGAUCUUCACAGGCUUGAACUCCACYGGCACGGAGCUGCGGCACUGGUCCGACAUGCUGGCCAACCCCCGGCGGCCCAUUGCCCAGUGGCACUCGCUGAAGCCCGAGGAGGAAGUCGAUGCAGCUCUCGGGAAGAACAAAUAGGCAGCUCUGCCGCUGGCGCAGCGCUGCGGACAGUCGACCCRGAGCUACGGAUACCUCAGUUCUGCAACCUUCCUUUUGGUUUUUGUUCUAAGCUGAAAUGCCCUUUGAUGCCUCUGGAAGGGUUUCCAGGCAGUCCCAAUAGCUUCCAGGGGAAGAGGUUAAAGACAUGGAUGGUUCWUUUUGGAUGGUUCUUUUUGUUCUUCAGCAUCGCUUCCUUCUGCUGCAUGUCCCAUUGCCUCUGCUCGCCAACCCGUCCCGGUGCCAAGCCACCGGCAUGCCUGGGACCUUCCCCAGCAGCUGUCACCAGCCUGCAGCACUGCUGCUGCCAUCCUGCCCUUGGCAUCCCCCAGGGAGCCACGGAACGUUGCAUGGAGUGAUACCGAAGCCUGAUGGUGCGAGAUGAUCAAACCCACUGUGCUUGGUUGGGGCAUGACCAGCACUGGGACAGAACAGUGGUGCAGAAGAGCCUCUGAAGAGACCCAGAUGCCUCCUCCUGGCCAUCCACAAGGAAGGCUGAGUGACCCUGGCCAGCUCCAGGUUUGGGUUCUCUGAGGAGUGGUUCACAGGGGCUGUGGAUCCCACUGUGGUGGUGCCAAGGCCUCGGUGUUGCYGCAGGAGCUGUGGGGGCUGCUCUGGGUUCAGGGAGCCUCAGGAGGGCUGCUCCAAGGAGGUGAGAUGUGGAUGCACCAGCAGCUCCAGGUGGAUCACCACGACCAUUACCACAACCAUGACCACGACCACCACCACCACCACCACCAUCACCACCAUCACCACCAUCACCACCAUCACCAUCAUCACCACCACCACCACCACCUCUGUUUUGUCCAUAGAGGGGCAGCAUCUGUGUCCCACCAUGUUUGGUGAAUCAUGUAGAUCGAGAUGCUUCCACAAGGCAGGUUUACAAUGAGAGGUCUCCAGAUGUGGUGGGGGCAGCCCCCCAGAGCAGCACCAGGUGUCUCCCCAGAGCCCGUCCAUCGUGUGUCCCAGGGCUCAGUUCCACCAUGGGCACCCCAGCACAGCMUGGGGGCAGCUGGGGGGUCAUGGGGAGCUCCAGCCUGUUGCAGAUGGGAAUGGCAAGAGUGAGCCUGGGGCCAGCAUGGGACCAGAGCCCCUGACCCCCAUGAGCUGCUACUCCCCACCAGGCUAUUGGCUGCCAAACCCACCCUGUCCUGCUCCCCUCAGGGGGAUAAGCCAUAUCCAUGACCCUGGCUGUGGGUAAGAGCUUCUCUGGGCCACUUCUCCCACUGCUGGGCCAAGCUCCUGAGCCAGAAAGCCAACACAGUUCUCUGUAGCUGGGACAGGGUCCAGCAGCCCUGCCCUGCUCAGCCCAGGCUGUAUUGGAGCGCUGAUGUUAGCUUGUGCCCUGUCCCAGCUCCAGCUCCACAGCAGCCUCACGCUCUGCUCCCCUCGGCUUCCCUGGACUGGGGUUUCUGGCACUGCAGCAGUGAAGGGGAGAGCCCCAGGGAUGUGCUGGAAGUGGGGAUGCUGCUCUGGAGCAGCUCUGCUGGGACCUUGGUGCAGGGUGUCCCAAGCCUGGGGACAAAGUGCCAAAACUGAGCUCACCCCAGCGCUGUCGGGUGCUUUGGCAGCUCCCACAGCUCCGCUUCCCAAGGGGCAUCYUGACCCUCUCUGGAAGUGGGGAGACGAUGGGAAACUUGGCAGCCACAGCUCAGGGGGUUCAAAUGGACAUGAGGACCAGCCCGUGACCCUGGAGGGUUGUGCAGCUCUGGGACAUGUCCCCAGGUUGGGACAUCUCCAUCCUUGGGAGGUUUGGGGCUCGAUAGCCAAGCUGUGGUGUGGGAAGGAGAUGUUGGACAGGGACCGUUAAUGAGCACCUCCACCAGCACUGCAUUUGCACUUGGCCCAUGCCCUGGUGAAGGUGGCACUGGGCCCAUGCUGGCUCUGCAGGGGUCAUCCAGCCAGUGGUCCCUCAAGGCCAGCUCCAGCUUUAAUUAKUUCCUUUUCCUAUUGGAUGUGUCAGUGUCAACAGAUGGGCUUCUGCCCUGCUUCUGUAGCCAGAGAGAAGUCUUGGCAUGCUUUUAAUAACAGGGAGCUGGAGGGGGCCAAUGCCCCAUGGCCAGGAGCACUGGCAGGACUCAGUCUCAUUUUGGGGCCCCUCCAGGCACCGCAGAGUGGGGGGCGGGGGGGAGGGUGUGUUUGCCUCACAUGGAAAUGGGUUAAGAGAGGGGGGAUUGGAAAGAGCUCUGAAAUCCUCCURCUGGCAGUCAGGGAGUGGGCACGGCCCCACAGCCUUCCCUGGGGAGCAGGUGGAGGUGUGCACAUCUGGACAGCUGCACACCCGCACACCUGGACAGCUGAACAUCUGCACACCUAUCUGCACWGCUGCACAUCUGUACACCUGCACAUCUGCACAUCGCACCUGCACACACCAGAUGCAACCCCUCCACCCGAUCCCCGACCCCCAGACCCACCRCAUCGGCCGGGGUCUUGCCGGGAGUGGAGAUCCCACCUGGCUGGUUUCCAUUCAGACUCUUUAAGCGUUGGGGGAGGGGAAAGACUGUGACUUUAAUACAUAAUUUAUUUUUUUUUUUAAUAAAAAAGGGAAAACCAACCAACAUACUGAAGCCAUCUGCGCUGCCUCUGACCCCCCCCUUAGCUGUGUGUAGGUAAAAUAUAUGGAGACAUAGCUGUAUAUACCACGAGCAGUGCAUGUGAAGCAGCCACGUAGCAGAAGCAGCAUGGCCCCAGCCCGGCGGCGCUGCCACCGCCCCGGCACUGCCGUCCCCACCCCCCGGUCUGCCGCUAGGGAGGAGACGGCGAUCACCAAAACUCAUCGCUCGAAAGCUCUCCACCGCCCUGAUUCUUUCCCCCCGAAAUAAAAUGAAAAUCCCCAUUGAAAUCAUAUAAAAGAAGAAAAUAAUGCCAAGAAGCAAAGCAUGCCAARCCCGGCCCGCCAGCGGAGGGUGAGCUGUCACCGUCGCAGCCGUGGCGUCCAUGUGUGUCGUGUUCCUGUAUCUUGUCGCGUUUGUCCCAUGGCCGGGUAGCAGCAACAUCGUGGCUUCGGUGUCCUGUGUCGCGUUGGUGCAUUUCACCGUCAGAGCAAUUUUAGAAGCCAUAUUAGAGCACGGUGCGCCGGGACCCCACGGGGACGGGCCCACGGCGAGCCGUGACCCCCUUCCCCCCCAUGUGUCCACGUCCCCCUGGUUUCGUGGGGCUCAGGCUGCCAGGACGCGCGGCACCGGUCACCGCCUCGGUGGCCUUGGGUGCUGCUGUCACGCCGGGCGAGGGGAUGGGACGACGCUGGGCACAGAUGUUGGAGCCGACCUGCUGCUGGUGAAGAAGUUUUUGGAGAAAUUUGGGUCAUUUCUGCCAUGUCCAGGCGGUGGUUUCUGUUUCGGGGACGAGAGCUGACAAUCCCCUCUCUUGGGGGCACCGCGGGGCAAACCCAGCUGUGCCAUGGACAUGCUCCCGGGGUUAAAAGGAAGUGAAGCCACAAGUCUCGGCAACAGGCUCUGGUUUCUUUUCCUUUUUUACCCCCAGACUAGGAGGGAGGAGCCAGCUCCUUUGGGUGUCGCAGGCUUGGCUAUUCCUGGACCCGCAGUGCCGGCCCCGCUCUGCCCCAUCCCAGCCCCGCAGCGCUCGGCUCCGGCGGAAGCUGCUUUUAAUGCCCCUUCCCCUCGUGUGGACUCUGUUGUUCCGUCUCUGAUCGUUUGAUGGUUAUUUUGUAAUGAUCUCUGUCUCCUUAUUAAAGAAACGAGCUG